UCAGCAUUACCGUCCCUCUCUGUAACUAUAAAAACCCCAAAGAAAAACUUUCCAUUUCAAAAACUCCAAAAAUGGCGGGAUCAAUGGUUACAAUACCAACUAAUCACUUGGAAAUGGAAAACCCUAGGCAUUCGCACUCACAAAUCUCCCCAGUCAUAGAUCAAUGGCAAAUCCAAUAUGCACGCUUCAUCAACUACAGCUCCUCCAAUUUCAGCUGUACUCAUUCUUCUCUCUCGCCCCUGGCCGCCGUCCAAAAGCAGCGCCUACGCAGCGGCGCGUGGAUUUCCUCCUCCUCGUUCACGGCCUGUGUCAAGCUUGUAUCAGAUCGCCAUAACGGAUUUUCCGAUGCCAUUCUCUUGCUGUCUCUCCGAGUUAAAGUCCUCGAGGAGCAUUAUAUCUCAAAGCUUCAAUUUUCAUGGCCUCAAGUGUCAUGUGUCUCUGGAUUUCCUUCACGUGGGAGCAGAGCUGUUUUUGUUAGUUACAAAGAUGGAGUAGGCCAGAUCCAGAAAUUUGCACUCAGGUUUUUGAACAGCUUUGAAGCCGAAAACUUCAUGAAUGUUCUAAAGGAAAUCUUGGAUAGUGAAAGACUUCAAGCGCUUCCAUGCGACUCCAACCUAUCUUAUCAGGCUGAGUCUGUACAUUCAAUUGGACCUGCAUACAGGCCCGAGAAGGACUGGCAGUAUACAACUUCUGCAGACACCAGUAUACAUCUGAUACCACCAAUUGAUAAAGCUCAAGAUUCAGAUCCACAGGCAAGUUCACAAAAUGUUGCUGAUGAAGGGAUACAUCCAGCUUUUCCUCCCAGUUUCACAUCAUUAUUGAUGAAUCAUUGCCCUGCAGCCAAAAAAGCAAAACCAGCAGAGACCGAGGAAGUUGAUCUUAAAACCCAAAUAAUGCAAUAUCUUGAAGGUUCCUCUUUCAAAGAUAUAGUGGCUACUGUAGAGAAUGUCAUCAAGGAAUUGGGAGAUGAUAUACUGCUCUAAACAUUGAUGAACAUGGAGCUAGAGCUGAAUCAAUUGUAAAGCAUGCACAUGUUCAUUGUCUUCAUAGCAUUUUCAUAAUUUUGCUUAAAAAUUCUUUUUGUUGUUAUUAUGUGUUUCAAUGAAAUUGGGAAAAGAAAAAUGAAGCCAUUCUACAAUCUUUUCUUGUAACAUAGGCUUGGUUUUACGUGACU